CCAGGACUAUCAUCACAACAUAUUCAAAUGAACAAUUCAAGAGUUAACCGUAAAACGGCUAAACGGCUACGGCGGGAAGUUAGAUUGCGAGCGCGAAGACUAUUGGAUUCAAAUCAAGGUCUAUCAACAAAUCCUAGAGUCCAUCAAUCCGAGCGUCGGAGCUUCACCGUCGUCCGAGGACAGAUCUCGCGCUUCAACGGAAGAAUCCUCGACUCGCGCAUCUCACACACCAUCGCCGCGAAUCCCAACGCCUCACCCACCGUCCUCUGUUUUCCGCACAACCUCCCCUUCACUUUCGCAAGUCUCGAUCUCUCGUACUCUGUCACCUGUCUCCUCUCCCUCACUUUCACGGGCCUCGAUGCCUCGCAUUCCAUCGCCACCUCGCUUCAUGGUGGUGGAAUUCGUUGGAGAGGUUCCACCAGUACCGCCGAUAGUCUUCGAGGGGGAAUUACGUUCCAGGACAUCCUCUCAUAGUUCCCUAUCUCCACCGAGACUCUUCCCCCGGGGUUAUUUACCAUAGGCCCCGAAUCCAUUGACUUAACCGCACUCCGAAAUUACGUAACAUUGAACCGCCUUGACAUCAUCGCAGUAUACAUCCCCGGAGUUCCUCCAUUUUUAGUCCCUGUCCGAUACUUCUAUAGAAUGUUCCCACUUU